GAGAAAUAUUAGUAUCAAAGAAUGACAACAACUGCUGCACCAAGUGGAUGCAUUGUGCAAGAGGUCAUUAUUUACAGCUACCAACUUUAUUGAACUCUUCCUUACAGUUCAUCCUUAUUUUCUGUUAGAAGCGGAAAAACAACUUAGGUUUGAUGUUUUGUGUGCCAUCGGCUGAAGUUGGGACCAUCAUGAACAUAACCAAGGGUGGACUGGUGCUGUUUUCAGCUAAUUCCAAUUCGUCGUGCAUGGAGCUGUCAAAGAGGAUUGCUGAGCGCUUAGGAGUUGAGAUGGGGAAGGUUCAGGUUUAUCAGGAGCCAAACAGAGAAACAAGAGUGCAGAUUCAGGAGUCUGUGAGAGGAAAGGAUGUAUUUAUCAUUCAAACGGUUUCAAAAGAUGUGAAUACUACGAUCAUGGAACUCCUGAUCAUGGUGUAUGCUUGUAAAACCUCCUGUGCCAAAAGCAUUAUUGGAGUGAUUCCCUACUUCCCGUACAGCAAACAGUGCAAGAUGAGGAAAAGGGGCUCCAUCGUGUCUAAACUACUGGCUUCAAUGAUGUGCAAAGCUGGACUAACUCAUCUUAUUACCAUGGAUUUACAUCAGAAGGAAAUACAGGGCUUCUUCAAUAUUCCAGUUGAUAACUUGAGAGCGUCUCCAUUUUUAUUACAGUACAUCCAAGAAGAGAUACCAGACUACAGGAAUGCUGUAAUUGUGGCCAAAUCACCUGCGUCUGCAAAGAGGGCACAGUCCUUUGCUGAGCGCUUACGAUUGGGAAUUGCUGUGAUUCAUGGGGAAGCUCAAGAUGCUGAGUCUGACAUGGUGGAUGGUCGACACUCACCACCUACAGCCAAAAACGUAGCUGCUAUUCAUCCCAGUUUGGAGAUACCCAUGCUGAUUCCCAAGGAAAAACCACCCAUCACAGUUGUCGGAGAUGUAGGAGGAAGAAUCGCUAUCAUCGUGGAUGACAUCAUAGAUGACGUUGACAGCUUUCUUGCUGCAGCUGAGACCCUCAAGGAAAGGGGGGCUUACAAGAUCUUUGUCAUGGCCACGCAUGGCCUGUUGUCCUCAGAUGCUCCCAGGCUGAUCGAGGAAUCUGCAAUCGAUGAAGUGGUUGUGACAAACACAAUUCCACAUGAAAUACAAAAACUCCAGUGCCCUAAAAUCAAGACCGUGGAUAUCAGCAUGAUCCUGUCAGAAGCCAUUCGCAGGAUCCAUAACGGCGAGUCCAUGUCGUACCUGUUCAGAAAUAUCGGACUGGAUGAUUAAUGCUUUUUCUUCUCAAAAACCACCCCGGGCCAAACUGGAAGAGAACAGAUGAUGAGCUGUGAAGCAUCAUGCUUACCUUAAUAUUUCUAUUGAGCCACUUCUUGUUUUCUCUUGGUUUAACAAGGUAGAACAGUUUUUAAGAGCUUUUUUUUUCCCUUUGCAGGGUUGUUUUUUUUUUGGGGGGGGAUGGGUGGGGAAUAAACAUUUUACAAAAAACUGUUCUAGUUGCUUUUAGGUUAGUUGCACUAUAUACAUGAGGGGAAAAAAAACCCCACAAAACACUUGAGGCAAGAAUUUGGCUUCUAAAUUAAGCAUUCCUUUUCCAAAGCUGCUUGCUACAAGUGCUUUAAAAGAUAAUAAAAUGAAGUGACUGUAUAAUAUUUGCAUUUUAAAAGCCAAAAAGGUGGUACUGUUGUAUGCAGUUAAGUGAUUUUUGUAGGAGUGCUUUUAUAGAAAAGCGUAUGAAAUAUGCACCUGUAUUUAUUUUCUGCGACAAAGAAUAAAGAUUUGGUUUGUGUGAGCUUUC